GGUAUGUGGAAGAUAUAAACGUAUUCUGUUCUGAGGAUGAAAGUUAAGAGAUUUGUAUUGGCGUCAAGGCCAGGAAGUGAUGGAGAGCCAGUGGCAGAAAAUUUCCGUCUUGAGGAAGCUGUGCUUCAAGAAGAGCUACUGGAUGGACAGGUCCUCGCUCGAACCUUGUACUUAUCAGUGGAUCCUUACCUGCGCUGCCGCAUGAAUGAAGAUACAAAUGCAGAAUACAUUAAGUCAUGGAUGAUUGAUAAGGUCCUUGACAGUGGUGGGAUUGGAGUUAUAGAAGAAAGUGGAACCAGUCAGUUCUCUGUGGGAGAUAUUGUUACCAGCUUCAACUGGCCUUGGCAGACACGGUGUAUCCUGGAUGGCAAAUCUUUGCAAAAACUAGAUCCUUCUCUUGUGGAUGGGCACCUGUCUCAUUUUUUGGGUGCCGUAGGAUUAACUGGCUUGACUGCCCUAAUUGGUGUGAAGGAGAAAGGUCAUGUGAUUCCAGGAGCCAAUCAAACUAUGGUUGUCAGUGGCGCAGCUGGAGCUUGUGGAUCAUUGGCUGGACAGAUUGGGCGUCUCCUAGGCUGCUCUCACAUUGUGGGAAUUUGUGGUACAGAUCAGAAGUGCUCUGUUCUGACCUCAGACCUGGGGUUUGACUGUGCAUUGAACUACAAGGAUAAUAACCUGGCAAAUAAGCUGAAGGAGUGCUGUUCGAAUGGAGUGGAUGUAUAUUUUGAUAAUGUAGGGGGAGCUAUCAGUGAUGCAGUUAUCAGUCAGAUGAACCAGGAUGGCCAUAUCAUUCUGUGUGGCCAAAUAUCACAAUACAAUAAGGAUCUUCCAUAUCCACCUCCUCUGAAUCCCCAGACUGAGGCUGUCCUGAAGGAGCGCAACAUCAAAAGGGAACGGUUUCUGGUUCUAAGGUAUACAGACCAAUUUGAAUCUGGUAUUAUGGAGCUUAGUCAGUGGGUUAAGACUGGGGAACUGAAGGUGAAAGAGACUUUUGCACAUGGCUUAGAAGAAACAGCAGGUGCUUUCCUGUCAAUGAUGACCGGGGGUAACAUUGGAAAGCAGAUUGUGCAAGUUUCAGAAUGAAACUUUAUAAUACAAAUAAAAGCAGACUGCUUAAUUGGC